CCUGCUGGGACCUCGACCGACAAAUGUGGUGCAGCCCUCUGUCUGCAACACUAGUCUACAGUCCGUCACUCGAGGAUUUACAAUCAUCUAGAUACAAUAGAUAUAUCUAUUAGUUAAGAAGACGUUUUGCUUUAAAUAGAGUGUUUUUAGAAAAUGAGGUGGUUUAGGUCUCCAGUCUUGCCCCAGCUGAAUCCCUGAUUUCAGCAGCAGCAGCAGGAGCCACGUCGGCCCAGCCCCAGGCCGCAGCCAGGAUGUCCAGUAGCUCGGGCUACCCCCCGAGCCAGGGGAGCUUCAGCAGCGAGCAGAGCCGUUACCCACCGCACUCUGUCCAGUACACCUUCAGCCCCUCACGCCAUCAGCAGGAGUUCACCGUCCAAGACUACCGGGCUCACCUCCAGGAUACCCAGCAGGGCAGGAGGAGACCCUCCCUGCUCUCUGAGUUCCACCCUGGGACUGAGAGGCCUCCUGAGCGACGUCAUGGCUACGAGCAGCAGUUCCAGAGCUCCGCCGGCCAGCCAGAACACGAGGCCAUGGAGAACAAACGGCCCCGCAUGGAGACGGUCUCCGAGGCCCACUUUGCCCGCGCCACGCAGGGCUCCGGGGGCAUCUCCCUUCCACACUCGCACACUCUCCAGGACAGCCUGAGGUCCAACAUGGAGGCCAAGAAGGAGAGCCAGUACAGCGUGAAGGCCGACUCUUCCUCCCCCGGAGGGCCACAUCACCUGGGGGAGGAGCAGGACGCUUCCCCCUCCAAGCUGUCCAAGGAGGAGCUCAUCCAGAGCAUGGACCGAGUCGACAGAGAGAUCGCCAAAGUGGAGCAGCAGAUCUUCAAGCUGAAGAAGAAGCAGCAACAACUGGAGGAGGAAGCUGCGAAGCCCAUGGAGCCAGAGAAGCCGGUGACCCCGCCUCCGGUGGAGCACAAGCACCGCAGCAUCGUCCAGAUCAUCUACGACGAGAAUCGGAAAAAGGCAGAAGAGGCCCAUAAGGUCUUUGAAGGUCUUGGUCCGAAAGUUGAACUGCCUCUUUACAACCAGCCGUCCGACACAAAAGUAUACCACGACAACAUCAAGACCAAUCAAGUGAUGAGGAAGAAGCUCAUUCUGUUCUUCAAGAGGAGGAACCACGCUCGUAAACAAAGGGAGCAGAAGAUCUGCCAGCGCUACGACCAGCUGAUGGAGGCGUGGGAGAAGAAGGUGGAGCGCAUGGAGAACAACCCCCGGCGCAAGGCCAAGGAGACGCGCACGCGCGAGUACUACGAGAGGCAGUUCCCUGAGAUCCGCAAGCAGCGGGAGCAGCAGGAGCGCUUCCAGAGGGUCGGCCAGAGAGGAACCGGCCUUUCCGCAACCAUUGCAAGAAGCGAGCACGAGAUUUCGGAAAUAAUCGACGGCCUUUCCGAACAAGAGAACAACGAGAAGCAGAUGAGGCAGCUGUCCGUCAUCCCGCCCAUGAUGUACGACACGGAGCAGCGGCGGGUCAAGUUCAUCAACAUGAACGGCCUGAUGGACGACCCCAUGAAGGUGUACAAGGCCCGCCAGUUCAUGAACGUCUGGAGCGAGCACGAGAGGGAGAUCUUCAAGGAGAAGUUUGUCCAACACCCCAAAAACUUUGGCCUCAUCGCUUCCUAUCUGGAGAGAAAGUGUGUUUCCGACUGCGUCCUGUUCUACUAUCUCACCAAGAAGAACCAGAAUUACAAGACCCUGGUGAGACGCAACUUUGGGAGACGGAGAGGAAGGAACCAGCAGAUCACACGUCCCUCGCAAGAAGACAAGGCCGACGACAAGACGGAGGAGGACAAGUUGGAGAAGUCCGAGAAGAAGGAGGACGAGGAGAAGAAGGACGAGGAGGAGAAAGAUGAAAAGGAGGAGUCCAGGGACAGAGAAAGAGACAAAGACAAGUGCGACGGCGCGGAGGACGACGACGGCAAGGAGCAGAGCACGCCGCGCGGCAGGAAGACGGCCAACAGCCAGGGCCGACGCAAGGGCCGCAUCACCACGCGCUCCAUGGCCAACGAGGCGGCGUCCGUGGCCGCCGAGGAGACGCCCUCCUCAGCCUCGGAGCCGGCCCUGCCCGAGCCCCCCAAACAGGAGGCCAGCCAAAAGGCCCUGAGGGAGCCCGCCAAGCAGGCCCCCAUGAGCCUGGAGGCUAACAGAGGUAGGAGAGCCGUGCUGGCCUGGGUUACCGGCCAACCCGGUCGUGCCGGGGGAGGGGGGGGGGAGGGGAGUGUCUCUGGUGGGCUGCUUGUCAAACUGACACUUUCUGUCACCUUUCCUCUUCUGUGUGGCCAAACGCUCAUGUCUCUGAGAGGGUUUGUUUUCAUGGGGGGAGGGGGGGGAGUGUUCAUGCUGAGAAUCCCGGUUUUGUACCCGUGCAAACACUUUGACCAGCGACGCAAAGGCGCGUCCACCAUGCAGCUCUGUCACGUCUAGUAUUUAAGAAUAAAAACAAACAUUUGAAUCCAUACGUCCGUCGUCGUGACGAAACACGGCAUUGUGCGCCGAGCUUCCCGCCUGUUCUCUCCUCCUUCCGCCCCUCCUUCUGUGUUCUCUGUGACACACCACUCCAUCUGCGGUCCACCCCGUGCCAUCUAGCCAGCCCGGGACCACGGCGAUGACGCCACCUGUAGGGAAUUAGCAAUCGUUUGCUCUAGAUUCCUAACUUUUUUUGGGACUUGAGUGCCACAUGGCUGUGGCGUUAAUCUGCCCGGCUAAUUCAGCACGGAAGGUAAUGAGAUGUAGUUCUCAGUUAUGUGCUCUGUCAGCAACCCCCCCUCCCCCCUCUCCCCCCACCACCACCACCCGAACCGUCUGCGGUGUUAUGUAAGUCCUGACCCUAUAAUGAGAUUUGAACCUUGAAAGCACCCCCCAGCCCUCUCCUCCAACCCCCUGACCUCUCUGGCUGCGAGACCAGGCUAGGUGUGUGAGGGAUUUAUGGAGGUUAGCGUCAGCCUCAAUCACUUUCAAGUGCUUGCGUGCCUGUUUACGUCUGUGUGUGUGCCUGUGUACGCCUCCGUGCCUGUACAUG